CACCUACAACUCGAAAACGAUGGCUUCUGAAACGAUGAAGUCCAGCUCCACCCUCGAAGGAGACAAACAGCGUCAGCUCGACCGAGAAAUCAAAGGCAUGGUGUCCGCCAUAACCCAACGCAUAUCUGAGAUUCACAAGCCUGGAUCAAGCCGGCACGAGGAGGACGGGGACUCUGGUGGUGCAAAUGUCAUCAUGCUGGCCGGUACCAACCAUGGUGCCACCAUGCGGAGCGAGAUGGACGAGAAAUCUGGCGUGCCUCAAGGCAAGCUGUCCGUGGGGGAGCCCGACGCGUUGAACACAUACGUGAACAGUAACUUCCAAGCGGUCAACAACUCGAUCAUGCUUGAUAGCCGCUACAAAACUCAUGAUCCCGGCGUCCGCAUGGAGGUGUCGGAUGGUUCGGAGUUCAGUCAUCAAGGUCCAAAGGAGAAGAAGAAGGGAAAAAAGAAGAAGGAGAAAGAAUCAUCCGAGAGUGAUCAGCGAACUGGUGAGAAGGAGAAGGAAACCGACGAUUCAGAUUAAUUGAAUUAAUCACAGCUUAAGUAUAAAGGAAAAGAGGAAUUUACUUGUUUACUUAAUCAUAUAUGCAUGUUGUCUGAAUGUCCGAGAGUGUGUCUUGAUUUGCAUGUAUGCUCAAUAAAGUUUUUCUACCAUAUAUUAAAAAAAGUGUGCUUAAUAAAGUUUUUUUUUUUCU